AGAGGAAAAAGCAGAACUACACCAACCUCAAACAACCUCAAAAGGAAAUCAACUUGUUCAGAAGCAUCUACAUUCUGCAUCAGCCUCCUUCAAGCUUCUCUUCACAGCUGAGCUGAGAGCGAUGAAUCCUGCAAACCCAACUCAACAGUACCCAGCUGAGACCAUCCCCUUCCAUGGAAUGAGAUACGAUGGGCCCCCUGGACAACCUGAGAGUUCUACCCAAAAUGUUUGGCAGCCAGCAACAAAUCCUGCUUACCCAACUCAAAACUACUCAGCUGAGACUGUUCCCUUGCAGGGGACAAGGUACGAAGGCCCCCCUGGACAGCCUCAGAGGUCUACAGUGGUUCAGUACACCACUGUGGACAUGAACUCUGAGCCCCCCAAGGACCACAUCAUCUGGUCAAUCUGCAGCCUUGUCUACGGAAACCCAUGUUUUCUUGGACUAGCAGCUCUCAUCUUCUCUGUCAAGGCCAGAGAUCGGAAGAUGUUUGGAGAUCUGAAUGGUGCCAAACACUACGGUGCCACUGCUCGCUGCCUCAACAUCUGGGCCACAGUCCUGAUCUCCCUGACAUUCCUUAUUGUCUUCAUUGUAGUCAUCGUUACAUCUGUAACUGCAGCUCGUGCUAUCCAUUCAAUUUCAAGCAAUAACUAUAAUUACAGAGGAUAAAUGAGUCUUUGUGGUGUAACUUAUUUGCCACCAUGACAUGAUACUUGUUUCUGCUCUAUUUUUAUGAUAUUUUUUGUAACUUUUCCCUUUUGCUAUUGAAAAAUUCAUUUAUAUUAUUAUCAAAUUAUUGAAUACUAUCAGCGUUUCAGAAAUCUGAAGUGGAGUUUUAGUAAAAGUUUGCUUAAACAGAUCGUCACAACUGCAAAGUCUUGCAUAUCAGCCAUCGUUCUUUUUCAACAGUUUAAUCUGCCAUUAAAAUUUUCUGUGUAUAUCA